UCGCAACCUUUGUGCUAUAAAUAUCAUUCACCCCACAACCAUUCAACACUCUACCAACCUUCUCUUCUUCUCUCCGAUCUUAAUCACUCUCCUAAUCAAUACUCACUAAUAACUUUUUUUUUUUUUUGGUCUUGUAUAGCUAAUAAGUCAGAGAACCCUUUUCCUCAGUCAGACUCUUUGACCCGCAGCAAUUAGCUCUUCCACCAACUGCUCUUCGUUAUUUCUGAAUUGUACCUUAAGUUUGUUUCUAUUUUUUUUCUUAGGUGUUAGAUAUAUUUUUAAAAAGAGAAUUUUGGAUAAUUCGUUUUUUUUUUUGUAAACAUACAAUCUCUUUCAGACAAUGAUAUUGUCACAAAAAGGAUGCAAUCAAAGUGAGUUGCAACUUAUUUUCAAAAACAAAUUGAAUGUCGAAAAAAGUUUAUAUUUUUAGAUUUUCCAAAUAGUCAAUAGAUAUUUAGUUAAAUAUUAGCUUUCGACAACUCUCUUGUGUCGCAAGCUACAAGUGUGAAUUUUGCAAAUGGGGAGUUCAUGUUUGCCUCCAGGAUUUAGAUUUCAUCCAACUGAUGAAGAGCUCAUAGGCUACUACUUGAGUAGAAAAAUAGAAGGUCUCGAGAUUGAGCUUGAAGUCAUUCCUGUUAUCGACUUAUACAAAUUUGAUCCUUGGGAGUUGCCAGGUAAAUCUUUCCUUCCAAAUAGAGAUUUGGAAUGGUUCUUUUUCUGUCCAAGAGACAAAAAAUAUGCAAACGGUUCUCGAACCAAUAGGGCUACAAAAGCGGGUUAUUGGAAAGCAACUGGUAAAGACCGGAAAAUCACUUGUAAAUCAUCGCAUGUUAUAGCUGGAUACCGAAAAACCUUAGUUUUCUAUGAAGGUCGUGCCCCAUUAGGCGACAGAACUAAUUGGUUUAUGCAUGAAUAUCGUCUAUGCGAUAUUGAUGAUCAUUCACAAAAAUCACCAAAUUUCAAGGGAGCUUUUGCGUUAUGUCGCGUAGUUAAGAAGAAUGAACUGAAGAAAAAUUCGAAAAGUUUGAAAAAUAAAAACGAACAAGACAUUGGUUCUUGUUACUCUAGCCUCGCGACCUCUCCUUGUCGCGAUGAAGCGUCGCAGAUUCAAUCGUUCAAGCCUUCUUCUACUACAAACGACUCUUCAAGCAUUUGGAUUUCUCCUGAUUUCAUCCUUGAUUCGUCAAAGGAUUAUCCUCAGAUUAAGGAGGUUGCUUCUGAGUGCUUUCCCAACUACCAUUUUCCGGUCACCACGGCAAACCACCACGUGGAAUUUCCGGUGAGCUCUUGUUAUUUCAAUGUGGACCAGGACAUUGAUCAGUCGAUGCAAACCGGUUAUUGGACAAAUUAUGAAAAUGACCAAACCGGUUCAUUUGACUACUCAAACCUUUUUUAGCUACAAGAAAUGUUGGUUCGUUCUUAGGACAAAAACGCCUUUUAACGUUGGUGUCUUGGAACUUGGAAGAAGAAGAAGAACUAGUUGUGAACGUCUAUCAUUUUCUUUUGAGAAUUUAAUUAUCUUACUCUUGGUUUUUAUUUUAGUUUUAUAUAUAUUGUUUGCUAAUAUAAG